ACGCCCCUGCACGUUCUUCCCCCAUCGCUCCGCUCUCAACUUCAAGCCUCCUCCAAGCCCUAUGCUUCUCUGUCCACCCCCAUCCCUGCCUCAACCCAGUACUUCCCUUCAGUUCUUUUCUUAACCAUCUGUCUCAGUCCCAGCCCCGCCUCUCUCUCUCUCUCUCUCUCUCUCUCUCACACACACACACACACACACACACACACACACACACACAAGCCCAGCUGGGAGGCCCCAGGGGCAAGGCUGCCCUGCAUAAACUCACCUCUACCAAACUCCCACCCUAAUCAGCCAUGGAUGCCCAGCCCUUGCGUCCCGACCCUGAACACCAGCAUCAAAUCAUGCCUAACUUCUUCCCAGAGCUCCUGGAGGAGUAAAUGCAGGGGCAGAGUCAGACCCCAGCAAGUGGGGUCAGUGGGGACAGGGGUCAGAGGGCAAAGCCUGGGUUCUGUCUGUGGUUCACAGAACCCGGAGACCUGUUGCUAGGUAAUCAGGUCUCCCAGCCCCUUCCCAGCACAUCCUGAACUGCACAUCGGCAGCCUCCAGCCGUCUUUCCUGCGUCUCUCAGACACCCGCCCUUUGUGGGAUCCUCAAGAGCAGGAGGAGGGGAGAAGCAAGCCCAGUCACCACCCCUGAGCUGCACCACCCCCGCUUCACUGCGAAGACUCGGCCACUGGGCCGUUAGCUCACCACCGCCAUGAGUCUGGGCAUCAUGGAGGAGGAGGACCUGGCCGAGUACUUCCGGCUGCAGUAUGGGGAGCGGCUGCUGCAGCUGCUACAGAAGUUCCCCAGUACUGAGGACCAGUCGGACUCUCCAUCUGUCCGGCUACUGGAGAAGAAGAAGGAGGCCAAGAUCAUGCACCAUGCCAUGGAGCAGAAGAAGGAGACGUUUCAGCGCAGAAUGGAAACCCUGAACCUGCGCUGGGAGGAAUUGGGCAUCAAGGAGGCCCAGCUGAAAGCUCACAUACAGAAGUUUGAGCAGUUCAUCCAGGAGAAUGACCAGAAACGGAUCCGGGCCCUAAAGAAGGCCAACAAGGAGCGAGAACUCAAGAGGCAGCGCAUGCGCGAGCUGGCCAAGGCCAAGCAGGAGAUGGCGGUCCUGCGCCUGGAGCACCAGCGGCUGAGCGCCAAGCUGCAGGAGUACUCCAUCUUCAACAAGUACCUGGAGAAGGUGGUGGAGAACUCCGAGUUUGAGGAGAUCCACGAGGUGAUCGCGCGCUACAAGACACUGGUGAGCAUGCACCACGACCUCAUGCAGUCGGCGCAGGAGGGCCAGGAGAAGAUUGAGCGUGCCAAGGCGCGGCUGGCACGCUACAAAGAGGAAAAGGAUGACGAGAUCCUGCAGCACAACAACGAGCUGGCGCGUCUGCAGAUGCGCUUCGACCGUGCCCGCAGCGACGUCAUCAUCUGGGAAUCUCGCUGGGCACACAUCCAGAACACCGCUGCCAAGAAGACCCUCUUGCUUGGCACCAUUAAGAUGGCAACGCUGAACCUCUUCCAGAUCGUGAGCAAACAGCUGAAGGAGGCGACCUUCGUGUCCCUGGAGGACACACACAAGCAGCUGGACAUGAUCCAGCAGUUUAUCCAGGACCUGUCAGACAUCUGGGCAGAGGUGAAGAAGAAGGAGCUACCGCAAAUCCGGGUUUGAAGAGCAGCCGUGUUUCCAGAACGUUCCAAGACGGAGAAGGGAGGGAGGAAGUUGCUGGUGACUUUGCCAUCCAGUCAGCCCAGUCCAGCCCCCGGGAUGUAACCCCCCACCCACUUUCGUGCCUUUUUGCUGGUAAAAUCCCUGUUUUUCACAUCAGGCCUCAGCCCAUCCCAUCCCUGAAGACAUUAAACGCUAUAAGAACUUUGUUCCUAA